CUGUUUCUAUUUUGUUAUAUCAAUCCAUGGUUUCGUUUCACAGUAAAUGUUAGAACAAUAAAGAAUAAUUUUAAAGCCGUGUUCCAGUGUCCAUAUAAAUGAUAAGUUCGUGAGAGAAACGAGAUUCAUGAAAUAUAAUUAUGUUUUAUUACUUUCGUAUUUGGAAUAUUUAUCAUAAUUCAAAUUUUAAAGAAGUGAGUCCAAAAGUAUCGUGUCAAUAUCUGUACAAGGUUUUUUGGUGCGCAAUUAAUAUCGGUGAUAACAGAAAAAUUACGAUAGGUAAAUGCACCUUUGACGUGGAUACGCUGUAAUUCCAGAAAUGCAGAUCUGACAUUGUGUGUUCCCUCGUUCCUGUUCUAAUAUCACGAAUCUUUAAAUCGAUACUAAACGUAACUAUUUUGUGGCUGGAAAAACAUUCAAAUCCGUCUUAUCUCUUUGUCAAUGAUAAUUAUGCCAUUUAGAGAUAAAAUGAGGUGCCUUGUUUGUGUUGCGAGUUUAAAUCUUCUUUUCACGUUUACAUCAAACGCAAUUUCGCCGACCAAAAAUAAAUCAACUGGUACAACUCAAAUAAGAGAAUCAGUUACAAAAACAGCAAUGCUAACAGCUACAACUAAACCAGCCCCAUCUGUAACAUCGUCAGUUUCAGUUACAUCAACACCAAGCGGGACAGCUCCAACAACACCAAAUACAACAAAAACAUCUGAUUCAUCUACAUCUACACCAACCGCUACAUCUUCAACAAGAUUAGGUACAACCACAUCAACACCACCCGAAACAUCUUCAACAACAUUCAGUACAGCAACUUCAACACAACCCGAAACAUCUUCAACAACAUUCAGUACAGCUACUUCAACAAAACCCGAAACAUCUUCAACAACAUUCAGUACAACUACUUCAACACAACCCGAAACAUCUUCAACAACAAUAAGUACAGCUACUUUAAUAAAACCCGAAGCAUCUUCAACAACAUUCAGUACAACUUCAUCAACACCAUCCGAAACAUCUUCAACAACAUUCAGUACAACAACAUCCACACCAUCCGAAACAUCUUCAACAACAUUCAGUACAACAACAUCCACACCAUCCGAAACAUCUUCAACAACAUUCAGUACAACAACAUCCACACCAUCCGAAACAUCUUCAACAACAUUCAGGACAACUACAUCAACACCACCCGAAACAUCUUCAACAACAUUCAGUACAACAUCAACACCACCCGAAACAACUUCAACAAUAUUCAGUACAGCUACAUCAACACAACCCGAAACAUCUUUAACAACAUCACCAAAUUUAACUUCAUCAUCACUCGGAACAUCUUCAACAACCAGAUUAGGUACAUCCACGUCAAUACCGACCGGAACUUCAACAACAUCAAGUACAACUAAAUCAACAACAUCAGGUACAAUAUCAACACAAACUGGAACACCUUCUACUACAUCACCACCACCAGGAACAUCUUCAACAACAUUAGGUACAGCUACAUCUACACUAAACGCUUCAUUUACAACAACAUUAGGUACAACCACAUUAACACCUACUGGAAUAUCUUUAACAACAAUAGGUAAAACUUCAUCAACACAAACCGAAACAUCUUCAACAACAUUAGGUACAAAUACAUCUACACGAAACGCUUCGUUUACAACAACAUUUGAUACAACCACAUCAACACCUACUGGUACAUCUUUAACAACAUCAGGUAAAACUUUAUCAACACAACCCGAAACAUCUUCAACAACCCCAGGUACAACUUUAUCGGGUACAAUAUCAACACUAACUGGGACAUCUUUAACAACAACAUCGGGUACGACUACUUCAGUGCAUACCGAAAGAGCUUCAACAACAGCAUCAGGUACACCUACAACAAUGUCAUUUGAAUCAACUACAUCUAUAUCGCCCGCAACACCUUUAACAACAAUAACAUCAAGCAGAACUACAAUAACCCAAAGUUCAAGUACAACACCAGGAGGAACAGCUUCCACGACAAAAGAAACAUCCAAGCCUUUAACAACAACGCAUUACACAAGCGUUCCGACAGAAGCUCCGAUAUUCGGGGAAGAAAGUAUAUUCCAGCUACAAAUUGUACUUACAUUGGUGAACAUUUCUGAAAUUAGUCCAGAUGUUGAAUUGAUCUUGAAAGAAAAGUUAAAUCAAAUGGUCUUUCUUGGUUACACCAAUGCUGUGAAAAACACCAGCUUUUCAUCAAAAAAUUCCAAACGCUCUGUAAUAUCUUCGAGACGGAACAACCUCAAUCGUGAUGGUUCAGCGAACAACUUACAAAGCACCAAGAACAUCUCUGUCAUAAUUCAGAUUAGCGUGAACAGUUUAAGGGAUCUCCACAGAACUAUACACGAUUUUGUCAACAGUGUUUCCACCAAUUUCCUGCAUAAUAUCACGGAAAUUACAGACAGUUCCUGGAGUGCAUUAAAUACAACAUAUGACAUUAUGGAACAGCUAGAGAUCCAAACAAAUGAUAUAUCGGAAUGCAACGCUACAGGCAGACUCUGUGUACCAGGAUACAAAUGUCGCCCAAGCCAUAAGAACAACUACACUGGCAUUUGUUACCAUAUAUGCGAUCUAGAAACAAGGGUCUGUUACAAUGGAGGCCACUGCUAUUUUGAUGCAAUUAAAAACCGCACAGGCUGCAGUUGUACAACGACAUGGCGGACUGUUUAUCAUGGAGCUGACUGCAUGGAGCAGGCUGGUCAAAUAAUACCUAUAGUAGGAUUCUCUGUUGGGUCGUUAGUCAUUUUCAUCGCAAUAAUCGUCGUCAUCGCUAUUAUCAGGCGCUGGAAAUGUCAUGAUCAUCAAAGUAAAUUGGGAAAUGGUGCAUAUGAUGUUAAAUCUGGAUCGCGGUCUGAUUUUCCCUCUGAGCCUGAUAGAGUGGAAGUGAUGGAAUUUAACUAUCGUGAAUCGACAAAAAUUAAUUAUUCAGUGAACGAGGAUUGUUUAAGUGAUGAAAUGAAGUAUCAGGAUGCGGAAACAGAGAGAAAAUCCCCGUCUACACAGAAGGAUCAAAGAAUUGACAUUGAUUCAAAAAGUCAAGAUGUAAUAGAAACUAAUUUUAUUCCCGAGUCCGAUGUUAUUACCGCCCCGGCAACAACAUUGGAAGAAACAAAACAUGACAUCAAAAGCAGCCAGUUGUCUGUGAUAACUACAAAUGUUCCGGAUGAUUUUAUAAAAAGGCAAACUAAUCAAGAGAUUUCUGGACCCUUUAGUCCCAGAGAUGCAGAUAUCCGUAGACAAAAGUCAUUUCUAUUUGGAUCUAAGUCAUCUUGAAAUGAAUGAGCAACCUUCAUCAAAGUGCGAGGGCAGUUCAACAGCGCAUUUACAUUUCAUUUUGUCAGAUGUACAAUGUUUAGCGUUUCAGGCUUUUUAAAUUUUAAAUCUUUGUAGACUUUGUUACCACCAUUUUACGAAUAAAAGUUACAGUAAUGUGCUAUUUAAUUAAAUAUAUCAGAUAAAACAGCAUUUACUUCUGUGUUUGUGCUAUUUGUCGAUCGACAUAUAAAGCGUCGUGGUGUGAGUCGCUUUAGGACCAGACAUUAGUUGUAUUUGGGUCUUCUUAGAUUGUGUCGAAUUUGCAAUACUGCUCACAUUCAAUUUGUGAGGAACUAUCUGAUGCACCACUUUCCGUAACCAAAAAAAAAUCAUCAUUAUAAAGAGUUUGCUUUCUAAAAGGUACAAUAUAAUUUUCUAACAAUAGUUUUAUAACCCGGAACAAAGCUUGCUUGAAAAAAUAUGACAGUACUUUUUGUUUUGCAUUCAGUUGCACAUUUUUACCAAACAUUAAAUGCAACAUUUCUUAGGUAGUUGUAUAGUUUUAUGUGCCUUUGAUAUGUUUCACUGUAAUUAAAAUAUUUGGAAGAAAUCGUUAAUUUUC